UCUCCCGAGCGAGUACCUAGCCUGAGGUCGAUCGUGCACACAUGACAAGUUUUGGCUGGAUGCUGAAGGUUGACCUAGUAAAUCAGGCAUAAUACAUCCAUAACUUGUUUGAACUGCCUGCAACUUACUGCUGUAACUACCAACCAGCCACAUUGAUGUCAAGACCUAAACUGACCUAAAACCUCAACAUGGCAGGACACAUGGCUAGCACUGUGGUGUACGACUGCAUCGUAGUCGGAGGUGGAAUCAUCGGAUCGGGAGCAGCCUACCAGAUGGCCAAGGAAGGACACAAGACUCUCCUCCUGGAGCAGUUUUCUCUUCCGCACGCGCGGGGCAGCUCCUCCGGCCCAUCGCGCAUCAUCCGGAAUGCUUAUGCCGAGGACCACCAUAGCGCAAUGGUGCAGGAGGUUCAAAAAACGUGGGAAGAUAUUGAACGAGAAACAAAUACGACUUUACGGAGACAAACAGGAAUGCUCGUUCUGAAUCAGAGGAGGAACGCAGAGAGUUUUGUGAGCACAAGACAGACCCUAGUCAAACGCCAACUUCCUUUUGAGGAUUUAACAACUCAGCAGCUGACAGCGCGCUACCCUCUGAUGUCCUAUGAGGGCCACUAUGACUGUCUAAUGGACACAGAAGCAGGCUUCCUUAUCGCUAAUAAAUGUCUGCAGCUACUUCAGGAGCUGUUUAAAAAGUAUGGCGGCAUGCUCCAUGACGGUGAAAAGGUUACGAGGAUAGAGCCAGGUCGUAUCGUGACCGUCCACACCAGUAAGGGACAGUAUAAGACAGGUGCGUUAGUACUCGCAGCUGGACCCUGGGCCUCUGAGCUUCUGAAACCACUAGGUGUACAUCUUCCACUUAAGGUGUGGAAAGUAAACGUAUGCUAUUUCAAGGAAAAAGUACACAGUUCUUACGUGAACUACCCCAUCAUGGUAGAUGAAGUAGGGGAAGGGUUUGUCUACUGUUUCCCAAGUCAAGACUACCCAGGCUAUAUGAAGUUUGGUUAUCAUUUACUGUGGGAUGAAGUGGAUCCGGAUAGCAGAGAUAAAUGGACGGAUAAACGCCAAGUCGAUAUCGAUCAUCUCAAGUCAUACGUCAGAAAACACUACCCCGGUCUGGAGUCUGAACCGUCCAUUAUUGAAAAGUGCAUGUACACGUGUACCCCAGGAGAAGAUAUUAUCAUUGACACCCAUCCAGUACACCACAACAUUGCGAUCGGCUGCGGAUUCUCAGGGAAGGGCUUCAAAAUGGGCCCGCUGAUUGGCAAGAUUCUGGGUGACCUGGCGAUGGGUAAACCUCCAAAGUAUGACAUCAAACCGAUCAGAAUGAACCGAUUCAUGGAUCAGAAAGCCAAGCUUUAGUCAAUGUGUUGCUAGUCCAACAACAGUGAAGAAGAAAAACGCACACAAUCUUGUGAUGCUUUACACUUCACCAACUAAUUACAGGUGCACAGCCAGUACACUCUUUCAUAAGUACACUCUUUCAAAGACACCAAAUGAACAACAGAUAAAUAUCGUGAAAGUCUUUGCAGAUCUUGUAUUUGACAAACUCAGCAGUUUUUAGUCAUCAUUGACUCGGCGAUUGUUAAAGGAAGGUUACAGAAUUGAUAAGAAACGAAAAACGGUGAAGAUCACAGAUUUACACAAAACUUACACCGUCUAAUGAUGAUGAUGAGAGUAAAAAAC